GGGUCAAGAAUGGAGCGCGGCGGAUCAGAAGUUGACUCGCAUGAUAAAUGUCAAACAUUCAAUUUCUAUACAGAUUAGAUGUAUGUUUUUUUAGUAAAAUUAUCAUUACUAAUUAUCAUGAGAAAUGAAUUAUCUUUUAAAUAUAUUAAUGUAUCUAAAAUUAUGCUAUUUCUUAUUAGACCAUAUUUCUUUCUCUAACUGACAUAUGAAUAAGAAUUUAUCUAGUGAUCAGGCCAAUCUAGACAAAUGCAUUGAAGAUCACUUAUCAAGCCAAUUGGCCAAAUAUUUUGACGCCUUGAUUUUCGUCUACUUCCGUAAGAUCUUAUCAUCUAUGGUUAGAUUAGGCGCAAAUAAACUAUCUUUCUUCUUGGAAUGCUUAAUACUUAGAGUUCAAUAAAGGGUUAUAGGUACGUAUAAUAUGUUCCUCUAUUAUGACGUUUUAUCAAACAUGCCUCUCUAUUAUUUUUUACAUCAAAUAUACCCAUGUACUUUGUAAAAAUGAUCAAACAUGCUCUUUUGUUAAAAUUUUCAUCCAAAAAUCGUUAACCAAGGCCGAACUUUAGUUUGGUCGACACAAAUGACUAAAAUAUCCCUAAUAAAUUCACUUUAGAUUUUUUUUGGUUCUUUUGUAUAAUCAAAUAAUUCAAAUAAUUUCACUUUGAAAAGACCCAGGGAAAUAAAACAGGGGACAAAACUGUCAUUUUCUCUCCCAUUUGCCGAUGUCGGGUUGUCUAAAUCUCGGUUCAACCAUGAUUGACGAUUUUUUCAAUGGAAAUUUUAACAGAAGGGCAUGUUUGAUAAAUUUUUUCAAAGUACAAGGGCAUAUUUGAGGUAAAAAAAAUAAUAGAAGGGCAUGUUUGAUAAAACGUCAUAGUGGAGAGACAUAUUAUACGUAUAACCCUUCAAUAAACAUAAACACCCAUUAGUUAAGAGAAAUGAAAGCAUAAAAAAAUUAUUAACUCUGAUACUCUAAGCAGCAAUCAGGACCCAGUGAUUAGAUUAAAAUAUGAGUUGACUAAGCUUACACUCAGAUUCCCUUUCCUUUAUAUUUCAAUUCCAAUUCGACCAAUUAGUUACUUGACAAUAAUAAUACACUCAGAUUCUCUUUCCUUCUUUUCUAAAGGGCGUCUCCUACAUACUAUCAAUCAUACGUGGCUGGUGCUUAUUCCCAAAGUAUCAAAUGCCGACUCUAUGAAACAAUUGCGACCGAUUGGUCUCUGCCAGGUUAUGUAUAAAACUAUUUCCAAGAUCCUCUCAAAUAGGCUGAGUAUCGUUCUCCCUCAUAUUAUUAAUCCUUUUCAAAAUUGUUUUAUCAAGGGUCGUUGCAUCACUGACAAUAUUCUUAUUGGUCAAGAACUGAUGCGGUUUCUUAAAACCAAAGUCUGUGGACAAGACAAAUGGAUGGCUCUAAAACUCGAUAUGGAAAAGGUGUACGAUCGUGUGGAAUGGGAGUUCUUGUUUCAUGUAAUGGAGUCGAUGUGUGCUCAGUGGAUGAAAUGGAUUAAGGCUUGCAUCACGACCGUUCGUUUCUCGGUGCUCCUCAAUGGCAAUGACUAUGGUUACUUUCAACCUCAACGGGGUAUCCGUCAAGGUGAUCCCUUGUCACCUCUUCUUUUUGCCUUCUACUCGGAAGCUUUAGCAGUAAUGAUCAGUCAAGGUGUUGCUGCCUUUACGCUCCAUGAUUUAAAGGUGCACAUGUCUUCUCCUUCUCUCUCUCACAUUUUUUCUGCGGAUGAUUCCUACCUUUUCCUUCGCGCCUCUGUUCCUGAAUGUGCUAACCUUCUGCAACUUUUGGUGGAUUAUGAGAUGUUUAGUGGGCAGCGGGUUAAUCUACAUAAGUCUGUUGUGUGUGGGAGUGCGAAUGUUUCUGAACAGGAGUUAUUUUCGCUUAGUGUGUUUCUAGGAGUUGCGGCAAUGUCUCCUCAUGACAGGUACUUGGGACUCCCAUCCGAGCUGCGCGGAUAUGGAGUUGGAAGACCAAGGCAUUGUCUUUAGCGGCAAAUGAAGUGGUUAUCAAGGAGAUUGGGGUAUCAAGGCCUAUCUAUGCUAUGUCGGCUUUCAGACUUCCACAAGAAACUUGUCAACGAUGUAACAGCCAACUAUCUAAGUUUUGGUGGGCGAGCCAAGAUAAGGAGAAUGGCAUUCAUUGGAUCUCUUGGCCUGCAAUCUGUUAGAGUAAGUUUGUGGGAAGGCUUGGUUUCCGGGAUUUUAAUCGUUUUAAUGUUGCUUUGCUAGCUAAGCAGGCGUGGGGCAUACUCUGCAAUCCCUCCAGUUCUCUAGCCCAGAUAUAUCAAGAAAGAUAUCAUCCUCACCUGCUUUUUCUAGAGGCGUCGGCAGGCUCUCAUCCUUCGUGGGUAUGGCAAGGCAUCCUGGCAGGGAGAGAUCUUCUACGUCGGGGUCUAAGAUAGCAAGUGGGAAACGGGUCUCGGUUUCGUACUGUAGAGGACAAGUGGCUCCCUUCUUCUCCUCUUUCUACUCCCGUUUUACGACCAGGUGUGAGUAUUUUCCCUCCUUUUGUCUCGGAUCUCAUAUGUCUUGUGUAUCACUUUUGGAAGAAGGAUCUCUUACUUUCCCUGUUUAAUCAAUAGAGUGUUGAUCUCAUCUUGUCCAUCCCUCUCCCUAUUACGACUUCGACUGAUCGUUUGAUUUGGAAUUAUUCUUCCUCUGGUCUUUACACUGUUAAGACAGGUUUUCAUUGAUGACUUGAUAUAUACACAUGUUUUUGCCCACCAUUCUUGUACGGAAAGUCCACUAAUCAAAACGCGGCGUUUCCAUUCUCACACGGGCAAACUGGGAAUCCACACAGCCGUGUGGUCGGGAAAUUCUAGGUUUUUAACCCAAGUUUGAGCCAAAGGGAUGGGUUCCGAGUUUUAGAGAGAAAAAGCGUAUACCUAAAGAGAGAAAGUGAUGACCUGAUUCUUCAACUGCCUUAGAUAGAUCUCCAUCACCAUUGGAGCCCGGCUUGAGCUUGGAGAAGAGCUGAUUGAGUGCCAGAAGCAGAAUCUCAUCCUUCACAGUAUGGUUUCCGCAUCUGAGCUAGAUUUCUCAUCUCUCUCUAUGGAGUAACUUUCUUAUUCACCUGGGUAUGAAGAACCCUAGAUUUGUAUGUUAGGUUUGAUUGUAUAAACCCAACUACGAAUUCAGUGAUAUGAUUAUAUUCAAUUGAGGUCUGAUUUGUUGAAUGGGAUGAAUCCUGAUCAAAUUCCUUUUAUUUCUGCUUUAACCUAGAAAGAGAAUAUCUGCCUAGGUUGAUAGAGCUCCCUUGAUUGAAGGUAGUGAAUUGACGACUUUAGUCGAGGAGUCAAUUCACUAUUCUGUACCGAAUUACUUCGGUAGUGGAGGUUUGGUUCGUUAGGGACUCAAUCUGUUUACUCCGGUGGAGGUUAGUCGCCCGCUGGGGAUUCAGAUUGAGAGGGUCUGUAGACCUUUAGUCGAGACUACAGACUAUUUAAGAACCUCCCGCAGUAUAACUAUCGUUGAACUUGAAUUUGUUAAAUUACAAUCUGACUUAACUGCAGUCUAGGGGAAACCAUAUCCGGGUGACCUCUCUCAACUUGAAAACAAACUUUAACUGCUUUGCUUGUUUGCUUGUUUGGACCUUCACUACACUUUCACUGCUAAAUAAUAAGAACUCACGGAGUAGUCAUCACACUUAGGACCCGGGUUGACAUUAAAACCCAAACCCGCUAUACUACGCUUUAGGAGGUGGUUACACUUGGCCAUUUUCUAGAGUGACGAUAGGAGCGAGUCAAUCAUCUUUUGACUUCGAUACAAUCUUCGGCAGCCUCAGGGGGUGCUCCCUUUUGACACUCGUUUUUGGAAGUUUCUUUGGAGCAUUCCUGUGCCUCCAAAGCUAAAGUUCUUUUUAUGGCGAGCUGUCUGCGAUUUCUUGCCCUUGCAGAUAGUGUUGUUUACUAAAACUCUUGUGUCUGACACGAUCUGUUCCAUAUGUUCUGGUGAACCAAAAUCCUCUCCCCAUUUUUUAUUUAACUACAGGAUAGCUCGAGGACUGUGGAGGUUGGCGGACCUUGAAGGCUUGAGCAUUACUCUUGGUGGAAUGAACCCUGAUGAGGCCUGGCAAAAUCUUUUCUUUUCUAUGAAUCUUUCGAAAACUGAGAUAGCUCAUAUAGUUUUCAUUCUUUGGAGAAUCUGGAAGGGGAGAUGUUGGGCGGUCCAUGAGGGCACUCAUUAUCUCUCAUUGGCUUUGUUUCAGCAGUAUCAACGACAAGUGGACGAGUGGAGAGCGGUUGGGCAAAAUCUUCUUAUUAAGCCUUCUGUCGGUAAUGAUUAUGCCUCUACUAACCCUUUACAUGUUAUCAGAGUCAUUCCUACGACUUCAGGAUCCGCGGUCGUUAUCAACGUUUGGUUUGAUGGUACUUCCAAGCGUGGUCAAGGAGGUAGUAUUGGUUUUGUCGGCUUUCAUGCAACAGGUAAUAAUCUGUUUGCUUUUGGAAAAUUUUAUGAUGGGAUCCAGGAUCCAUUUAUCAUGGAAUUUUUAGCUCGACGUGAUGCCUUACAGUGGUGUCUAACUCAUUCCUUUCUUGUUGUUCAUUUUCAUGGGGACUCUCAACUCUUGAUACGCUGGAUGAUUGGAGGCGAUCUGCAUCACGUUCGGGGUGACGCUAUUAUGGCGGGAAGCUAGGAGCUUGGCAUUUUUUUCAGCAGUGUUUCUUACGGUUUUGUUUUCCGUCAACUCAAUAGGGCUACCCAUCAUGUGGCACAAAAGGCCCUCUCAUCGGGAGUUCGGCUAUUGGUCGACUCCCUCGCUUUUCUUUCUUCCCAUUUGUGACUCUGGAUCAUUGAGCUGACUUUGCUAUAAAAAAAAUAAUCCACU